GUUGAUAAUUUAAUUAGUGCACUGGUACAACACAUUUUUUCGUAAAUUUAUUCAAUAUUUGUUAGAGAGGAAGCCUUGACCCCUACAGUAGCAUAGGUAGGUACUUGAACCGAACUUGAACAUGAGAAACGUUAGGAGUACCUAUAUUCAAUCGGUAGCCUUUGUCUUCGGCGUAUUGUGCAACAAACAUUACCACAAGUUUCCUGACGACGUUGUUUGUUUUCAAAUUGCAGAUUGGCGUCAUGUUAUUGAAAUUUUUGACUCACUUGAAGGUUCCAACAUGUUUAAACCGCUGUCCUGUGUGAGUUGAUGCGUACCUACUUAGUUUUGUAGUACCCGAAUACGAAAGUGUAUUUCUCCAUCAAAACAAGUCGCGUAGUGUGUAUUCUUUUGUAUAGUUUUUAAAGGUCAGAUAAAAGAAGCAGUUAUUCAGUGUCUUCUUCAAUUUUCCUAUCAGUUGUUUUGUAUUUUUAAAAUUUCUAUCGUCUCAGCGAUUUUACCAGUGCGUAAUUAGUGUUUCGACUAACGAUACAAACACGAAUCCAUGAAAGAACAAAAGAAAAGUUACUACAGAGGUGAUUUUUCCGAACCUCUGAAAUUGGUGACAAUUGGCCAAACCAUCGAACAAGCUGCCCAUGAACAUGCCAAUGAGAUGGCCAUACUAAUACACGGAGGACAAAAAUUAACCUAUGCACAAGUCUUGGAAAAGAUUGACACUUUGGCCGCAGCCUUCAUGAAUUUGGGCUUGAAGCGAGGCGACCAUGUGGCCAUUUGGGGAUUCAAUACUAUCGAGUGGUAUUUAUCUUUUUUGGCUGCGUUUAGAGCUGGCAUUGUUGUGGUGAAUUUGAAUCCACUAUUUGAAGCUCCGGAGGUUUUAGCUUGUUUAAAUAUAGGUGAUGUGAAAGCUAUACUCAUGGAUGAACAGAAUAAUGAUCGUAAUUUCUACGAUAUUUUGAAAAACGCCAUACCAGACAUUCAAGAACACGAUUGUAAUACCCAUAUUAUCACCAAACAUGCUCCGUUACUCAAAACUGUGGUGAUGUUCAGUGAAACAGCCUAUAAAGGUGUCUUCAGAUGGAAAGAUUUAUUCACCACAGUGACCAAAGAGCAAAUAAAAAAUAUCAGAAAUACUCAACAGGAAAUCGACCCUUUUGAUAUUUGCAAUAUUCAGUUCACUUCGGGAACCACAAGUAAACCAAAGGGGGUUUCACUAAGGCAUCACAGUAUUGUAAAUAAUGCCAGGUCUAUAGGAAACCGCUUAGAACUGUUCAAAAAAAAAGCACGAAUUUUAUGCCAAGUUCCAUUUUUUCACUCAUUAGGAAUGCUUGCUGGAGUUUUUGCAUCCAUUAUAACAGGAUCUACAAUUGUUGUUCCAAGUGUCAAAUUUAGCCCGAAUAAAUCUAUAGACUCAAUAAUUACAGACAAAUGCACUGUGGUUCAUGGUACUCCAACAAUGUACAUUGAUCUUAUCAGGGUAGUGAAAAAUAGAGCUCAGAGUGAUCCCAAAGUAUACGAAAAAAUAUCCUCAGUUGAGCGAUUCUUCAGUGCAGGAGCAUUAAUUUUGCCAGACACAAUCAUGCAAUUGAAAACAUUAUUCAAAAACUCUAAAUUUUCGUGUGGUUAUGGUAUGACAGAAGCUACUGGGGGUAUAUUUAUAUCAUUACCAGAUGAUUCUGAGGAAGUUCUUCACACUACUGUUGGCCAUACUUUGGAUCACAUAGAAGUCAAAGUUGUUGAUGAUAACAGUCAAUUAGUACCGUUUGGCCAGCCAGGAGAAAUGUGCUUCAGAGGUUACAUGUUGAUGAAGGAGUACUACAAAGAACCAGAAAAAACAAAGGCAGUAUUAUCAGAAGAUGGGUGGUUUCACAGUGGAGAUAGGCUUGCUUUGAUGGAAAAUGGAUAUGCUCAAAUUGUUGGUCGUAUCAAAGAUAUAAUCAUCAGAGGAGGAGAAAAUAUCGCACCCAGUGAAAUAGAAAAAGUUAUAAUGAACCAUCAAGAUGUUGUUGAUGUCCAAGUUUAUGGAGUAAGUGAUGCUAGAUUGGGUGAGAAAGUAGCAGCAUCUAUAAUUAAAACAAAAAAUUCAAAUUUGAGUGAAUAUGAUGUGAAACAAUACUGUGAAGGGAAGAUUACAUCGUAUAAAAUUCCAGAAUACGUAUUUUUUUGUGAAAAAUAUCCGAAAACUGCUUCUGGGAAAAUACAAAAGGUCAAACUGAGAGAAAUUACUGAAAAAGAGCUUCAGAACAGAAAUAAAUAUUAAAAUAAUAAAUUAAAAUACUUACAGUAGUUAUGUAAGUACCCAGACCCACUCAUUUCUAAUAUGCAAUUUUUCUUUUACGUUCACAAAUAAAAUUAGUUUUUUUUUAAAAUGUUGAAUUGUAAUAAAUUCUCUCCUCGUGGA